UCCCCGCGGCCGCCUUUAAAAGGCCGCGGGGGAGGUGGCCCGGGUAGCGUGGUGGUGCUCCCGCGAUCCUUGCAUGCGCGCCGGCUGCUCCCCCCCACCCCCGGCACCCGACUAGGACAGACAGACCCUCGCUUUCCACCAACUCUGCGCGGGAUUGGAACAUCUGUUAACAUCAGCUAACGGCUGAUCUGUGCCAGCCUGCCACCUCCCACCAAACCAACCAAACCUCUAGAGAGAAAGGAAAACUUAGAGUAAACCAUGAUUUCGCCAUUCUUAAUUCUGGCCUUUGGGACCUACCUUACCAACGCCAUAGUGCCAGAGAAAGAGAAAGACCCCAAAUACUGGAGAGACCAGGCUCAGCAGACCUUGAAAAAUGCUCUCAGGCUUCAAGAGCUCAAUACCAACGUGGCUAAGAAUGUCAUCAUGUUCCUGGGAGAUGGGAUGGGUGUCUCCACGGUGACGGCCGCCCGCAUCCUUAAGGGCCAGCUCCACCACAACCUAGGCGAGGAGACCCGGCUGGAGAUGGACAAGUUCCCCUAUGUGGCGCUCUCCAAGACGUACAACACCAAUGCCCAGGUCCCUGACAGCGCAGGCACCGCCACCGCCUACCUGUGUGGGGUAAAAGCCAACGAGGGCACCGUGGGGGUGAGUGCCGCCACUCAGCGUUCCCAGUGCAACACCACACAGGGCAACGAGGUCACCUCCAUCCUGCGCUGGGCCAAGGAUGCAGGGAAAUCUGUAGGUGUUGUGACCACCACACGAGUCAACCAUGCUACACCCAGUGCCUCGUACGCCCACUCUGCCGACCGAGACUGGUACUCAGACAACGAGAUGCCCCCCGAGGCACUGACCCAGGGCUGCAAGGACAUCGCCUACCAAUUGAUGCACAACAUCAGAGAUAUCGAGGUGAUCAUGGGGGGUGGCCGGAAAUACAUGUUCCCCAAGAAUAAAACUGAUGUGGAGUAUGAUAUGGAUGAAAAGUCCAGAGGCACCAGGCUGGACGGCCUCAACCUCAUCGAUAUCUGGAAGAGCUUCAAACCCAGAAACAAGCACUCUGCCUACGUUUGGAACCGCACCAAGCUCAUGACCCUCGAUCCCAACUCUGUGGACUACCUCUUGGGUCUCUUUGAGCCGGGGGAUAUGCAGUAUGAGCUGAACAGGAACAAUGUGACUGACCCGUCGCUCUCUGAAAUGGUGGAGGUAGCCAUCAAGAUCCUGAGCAAGAACCCCAGAGGCUUUUUCCUGCUGGUGGAAGGAGGCAGAAUUGAUCAUGGGCACCAUGAGGGCAAAGCCAAACAGGCCCUCCACGAGGCAGUGGAGAUGGACCGGGCUAUUGGACUGGCAGGCACCAUGACCUCUGUAGAUGACACGCUGACCAUAGUCACCGCUGACCACUCCCACGUAUUCACCUUUGGCGGGUACACCCCUCGUGGCAACUCCAUCUUUGGUCUAGCCCCCAUGGUGAGUGACACCGACAAGAAGCCCUUUACAUCCAUCCUGUAUGGCAAUGGGCCUGGCUACAAGGUGGUGGGCGGUGAGCGAGAGAACGUCUCCAUGGUGGACUAUGCUCACAACAACUACCAGGCACAAUCUGCUGUGCCUCUGCGCCACGAGACCCACGGCGGGGAGGAUGUGGCCGUCUUCGCCAAGGGCCCCAUGGCACACCUGCUGCAUGGCGUCCACGAGCAGAACUACAUCCCCCAUGUCAUGGCGUAUGCGGCCUGCAUCGGGGCCAACCGUGACCACUGCACCUCGGCUAACUCUGCCGGCAGUCCCGCCACAGGCCCCCUGCUGCUCCUGCUGGCCCUGCUGCCCCUGAGCGUGCUGUUCUGAGGACACAGGGCCCGGGCACCCACCCAUGACAGAGAGCCAGUCUCUCCAGCUCAGCCUGCAGCCUGGCAGUCCACACCUCACGGAGGCGGAGGUGGAGGCCACUCUCGCCUCUGCAGCUGCCAAAAAGGGGGGCCCAGGAAACCAAAGUCUGCUACCUGCCUUGCUCCCCUCCGGAACCCUCCAGGGGGGGCCAGACAGAGCCUGGCCUCCAGCCUCCGUUCCGCCCCUUCCCCGCUGCCUCUUUGGCCAUCAAGGAGGUUUCUCUUCGGCAGGCAGAAAGUACAGACUGCAAAAAUUCUCAAAGCAUCUUAUUUUUCUAGCAAACAUAUUUCUCCAGAACCGGAGCCCCUUGGACAUCCAUGGAACAUUCCAGAUCUAACUCUCCCUCUCUUCUCUCCUUCCUACUGGAGUUCAGCAGGCCCCUCCAUACUCCUGGCUCUGUCCUCAAGGCUGGCUCACUCAUUCCAAAGCACCCAGGACUCCCAGGAAGGGCACUCCUGGCUCUGGCUGGCUGUCCAGCUUUCAGGGUGGCCAGGCUGGGACACACAGCCUGGCAGGACGGAUGCUUCCCAGCUCUAAACACGCAUGCCAGCUCCUCUCUGAAGCGACUCUCCUGUUUGGAAUGGCGUUUCCUCUCUCUGUUUGGUGUUGGUGAAAAGAGAACACAAAACAUUCAAAUAAAACUCUCCAAAUAUUUCUGAGGACA